AAACGUCAAUUCGGUUCUAGAAUUUUGAGAUCUCAAAUUUUGGUUUCUAAGGGAACUUGCAAAUUUCCAGAGUUGUAGCUGCAAGAUUCAGUUUCUGCCCAAAAAACGGAAAAAGGUUUGAGCUAUGGCUAACUCCGAAAUAGCUGUAGUCAUUAAGUAUCCGGAAGAGAAAGCUGAAGCGACUUUACCUGCCCAGAACCCGAAAGAGAAAGCUGAAGCUACUUCACUUGCCGAGAACCCGAAAGAGAAAGUUACAAGUAAUAAUCCUGAUUCAAGUUCCAAGGACAUAAGGGAAGAAUCUGCCGUGGAAGAUAACCAUGAAUCGAACAUAUUCUCACCGAAGGUGGACAAGAAUCCUAAAAAGGAGUCUUUCCUUCAAAAUUACUGGAAAAAGAUAUUUGUAGCAUCAUGUUUGUGUGGUGUUUUAGUGGAUCCAUUAUUCCUCUACGUGCCGUUAAUCAAGGAUGAUGUAAAGUGCCUGAUUUUGGAUCAGAAGUUGAAGAUAGCCGCUGUUAUUUUAAGAUCAGUCACCGAUCUUUUCUAUAUAUUGGACAUUAUAUUUCGGAUUUAUGGAUCUGAGAACUAUUCGGAUUUUAUCAAGCAACUUCUUACACCACGCAAGCUUCCACGUUCAAGACUUAUCCGGAGAUCUUGUGUGCCAACGAUAGCCAAGGCAAUAUGGGGGUCAAAUGAUAUCUUAAUCGACAUUUUAGCCAUUCUUCCCCUUCCACAGGUAGUAAUUCUCAUAUUCUUUUCAAAUAUGAGGGACUUGAGAUCUUUGACUACAAGGAUGUUUAUCAUGAACCUUUUUGCUCUGUUACAAUAUGUGCCACGAGUUCUUCGCAUCUACCUUUCAUGUAGUGAACUGAAAAAGAUUCCUAAAGACGAGAUUAAGCAGACACCCAUAUGGAUUAAAGCUAUACUGAAUUUCUCGAUGUACAUCAUUGCCAGUCACGUAUUCGGAGCCGUAUGGUACUUUUUUGCUAUUCAACGAAUGAUGGAGUGUUGGCAUUCUGCAUGUCGAAAAGAAGAUGGAUGUGACAGCAGUAGUUUUGGUUGUCAUGACCAUCACACAUUUAGAAACAUUAAAAUUCUAAAUGAUUUAUGCCCUAUAAAUCCGUCAGACGCAAAAAUGUUCGAUCUUGGCAUUUUUACUAGUGUUCUUGAAUCCGGCAUAACAGGAUCAACCAAUUAUUUUCAAAAGUUCUCAAACUGUUUCUGGUGGGGCUUACGAAAUUUGAGUUCCCUCGGUUCAAACCUUGAACCCAGUGUAAAUGGAUGGGAAAACCUCUUUACGACUUCUAUUUCUAUAAUUGGUUUGCUCCUGUUUUUAUAUCUCAUUGGAAAUUUGCAGAUGUAUAUGCAAUUUGAAAAUGCAAAAAGAGAGGAGCAUAACCGCAAGUUGCGACUGACACGAAGGACGGAACAGUUUGGUCCAGAAAUAGAGUUGUGGUUAUUUAAAAAUGGCAUUCCGACAAAGUCGCAUAAGGAGAUGAAGUCGCAGGUCAGUGAAAAGGUACAACAAGCAAUUGAAGGGAACAGGGAUGUUAAUUUGGAUAAUGUUCUGCCCACUCUUCCCGCUGAUUUUCAAAGCCGUAUAAAAAAAUGUUCGCCCUUGACUAAGCUCAAGCAAGUGUUUAGUGGGCUGGAUGAAAUUGCAUUGAAAGAAAUGUGUCAGUAUCUUAAGCCCAAGAAAUUUAUGAAGAAUGAUAUCAUUAUUGAACAGGGUAAACCACUCAAAGAGAUGGUCUUCAUUAUGGAUGGACUUGUAGACAUUGAAAAGAGAAAUUCAAAUGGUUCUUGUAAUACUUCGCAACGAGGUGCAGGAGAAUUAUGUGGACAAGAUCUUCUUCUACGUGGAUCUCGGUCAAAUGGGGAGUAUGCUCAGGCGUUUGGACAAGAUCUUCUAUGUGAAUAUCGGCCAAAUCGGGAGCAUGCUAAGGCGUUUGGUGAUGUUGAAGCCCUCGUUAUCAUGGCUGAAGACAUGGAGAGUGUACGCUCUAGAUUUAAACAGCAAAUUGAUGCUUAUGAACGUUAUUUACAUGUUGAUGCUUAUGAACGUUAUUUACAUGUUCACAAAUCAGAGCCCAAACGUCAAAAAGUAGGGGGGCGGAAGCGAAGUCAUGACAUUGAAUUAGAGAUUAGCCAAUCAUGUUAGUGCUAGGUGUAUGUAAUCUGAUAGUUUGUUGUAUUCGUUUCGGGACCAUUUUUGUUCUCCACCAUUAACUAUGGUAGAUGCUCACCUCCUCUUAAUAGCU